AUGGCCCACGAGUUGCUUUGCCAGCUGAACGAGUGGUAUGAAGGUCUUCCAGCCUCCAUGCAUUUCGACGAAAACAGACUUGGAGUUUACCCACUUGAGGAGCUGCCUUAUCUACUGUAUCUUCGUCUGCAAGAGAUUCGGUCCUGGAUACUGCGGCCACUCUUGUUCCUCGCCAUUCAUUUACCUCCUGGCACUAUGCACCGGCCAUCGUUAGGACCUUUCGUUAGAGAAGCCUUGACCUGCUGUACUCAACUCAUUGGAGGAAAAUCUAUUACUCAUCGCCACCAUGGAACGUGGUAUAUGCUUCGAUUGAGUGUGACAUCGGCUCUUUGUCUCCUCGCAGCAGAAAGAGGCGGUUAUGAAGUAUCAGGAAUGCACCAGUCAGUUGAGCUUGCGAUCAAGACCCUUCGAUAUUGGGAAGCUGCUGCUCCUGGUGAUAUUCGAGAAGCAAGAAUAAUUCUGGAGAAUUCUCUCUCGGCAGCAUGA